ACGGAACCACCACUCAAUGCACCCGAAAAUCGAGAACAAACAGCUGAAAUUAUGUUCGAAUCUUUCAACAUCCAAGGACUUUACAUAGCAGUUCAAGCUGUUUUAGCAUUGGCUGCUAGUUGGGCUUCCAAUAAGACGUCUGAUUUCGUAUUAACCGGUACUGUCAUUGACAGUGGAGACGGUGUUACUCAUGUUAUUCCGGUGGGUUACGUAGUAGGAUCGUCAAUUAAACAUAUACCAAUUGCUGGUCGUGAUAUCACAUAUUUUGUUCAACAACUUCUUCGUGAUCGGAAUGAAACUUCAAUCCCUCCCGAAGACUCUUUGAAAGUGGCAGAACGUAUUAAGGAGCAAUUUUCAUAUGUUUGUCAAGAUAUUGUUAAGGAAUUUAAAAAAUAUGACCAAGAAGGCGACAAAUACUUUCAAAAGUAUCACGGAGUUCACAGCCCAUAUGAAGUUGACGUUGGGUUUGAACGUUUCUUAGGACCGGAAAUAUUUUUCAAUCCUGAAAUUGCAUCAUCUGACUUCUUAACACCCAUUCCUGAAGUUGUGGAUAACGUUAUUCAAAGUUGUCCGAUUGAUACUAGACUUCUUUCUGGCGGUUCGACUAUGUUUAAAGAUUUUGGUAAACGCCUACAACGAGAUAUAAAACGUGUGGUCGAUGCACGUGUUAAAAGAAGUGAGGAAUUAAGCG